UUAAGCAACUUAAACUUAAAAAGAUGAAUUAUGUUCAUCUAGGAAUGAUAACUGUUGUGAUCAAAGGAUUGAUCAGAAAAGAGUACGGAGCUAAAGUACUCAUAACUGCUUUAGAUACUAGAAUUCAAGAUUCAACUCAGGCUCAAAUGAUUGGAGCAAUUGAGGUAGACAUGAACAAUAAUGUAGGAGUACAUUAUUUACUUCCUGAUUACACUAUAGCUUUAAAAGACAUUCACAAAUUCCUUUUCCAAAUCCAAACUAAAGGAUUCGGAAACUUUCAAGGAGCAAACUUGUCAAUAGAUAUAAUUUUCAUUGGAAAAUUGUCUACCCAAGUCUGUCCUAAAUACAAAAUCAAAAUUGACAGUAUUGUCAAAACUAUUGAGUCCAAGGGGAUAAAAUUCUUUGGACCAAAACCAAUCUCAUCUUCUCUUUUAGCUGGAGAAGAGUGGAAGAUUGAAACUUUUGUAACUAAACCUGAAACUUUAAAACCCACUGAAGUAACUUCUUACUCAGAAGGAAAAAAUGGACCUCUUUGCCUAAGAUUUGGAAACUAUGAAGCUUCUGAUCAAAAGGAUCUAGAAGAAGAAAACUAAUGGAUUUAACAGAAGAACAAAUCCAACAAAAGAUUAAACAUAGUGAACACUUAAUGAACUUACUUAAUGAAGAACUAGAAAACAAAAUAGAUACAAACAUAAUUGAAAAACUGAACCAAAACUUAGCAAAGAAAGAAAUACUUCACCAAUAUCUUAUAGAUAUUGAACAAUUCAAAAAAGAUUUUGUUGAAGAAACAAAAUCAGAAACUGAACCAAUGUCUGUCAAAAACUUUGCAGAUAUUGAAACAAUAAACUCUAGACAAAAUGAAGCAACUGCUUCAUCACAUCCUACUACUUCUUAUCCCAGAACUAAUCCUGAACAAAUGAGCUAUAAUUUGGGACAUCCUCCCAGAAGAGCUGUAACUAUUUAUGAUCAAAAUAAUCCUAACAGAAGAACUUUAGGAAAACAAAUGCCUCAUGAAGUACAAAUACUCAGUAAUGAACCAACUAUACUUAACAUAACUAGGGUUCAUCCACAACUUUUCGAUAACUAUAUUGAACAAUGGACUGCACUUAUAAUAAGAGACUUUGAAUCAAAACACCCUUACGUCAAUGACGGAGAAGAAAUGAUUAAAAUAGCUGAAAACUAUUUAGGCGGAACUGCUAGAGCAGCAUGGGAAGCCUUUAAACUAAAAUUUCCUGAUAAGCUUGCAGAAUUAGCAAUGCAAGGAAAUAGUAUACACAACUUUGCUUACCAAAUACACACACUUCUUACUGGAAGAGAAGCAAACACUGGCUUAACUAUAAGACAAGCUGAAGCCAUGAGAGAUCUAGAACAAAUCCAAUUGUAUGAUUGGCAUAAAGUUAUAGAUUUCUUAAUAGACUUUUUAUCACUAGCCUGCACCUCUGGAAACUAUUUCUCUAAAGACUUAGGAGAAAGACUUUUUUCAAAAUUACCUGGACCUUUAGGAAAAGAAAUCCAUGAUUCCUGGAAUUUAAUACCUAAAGAAGAACUUUUUGAUAACAUGGGAACCAGAAUUCAACAUGUUAUUAGUGAACUUAAGACUAGAUGUACUUAUAUACAGAUCCAGAGAGACUUAAAACAAAAGAAUGUAGGUUUUUGUAAAAAUAUCUACACUCCACAACAAUAUGGGAGACAUCCUGAUGAUCCAACUCCCAGGAGACAACCUGCGAAACCUAAAAGAAACUAUGUAAAAAGAAAAUACAUAAGAAAAUCAACUGCUAAAAAACCUUAUCUCAAUAAAGAUAAGCAUGUUACUAAGUACAAUCCAAACAAAAACUACAAGAAAACAAUAACUUGCUAUGCUUGUCAAAAACCUGGACACUUAUCCUCUGUUUGUCCAAACAGAAAUAACUUAUUUAAUGAAGAAGCAAACUUAGUAAACACCAUUAAUGAAGAUAUACUUGAAAUUACUUCUGAUAUUUCAGAUACUUCAGAAAUUUGGAGUAUAUGUUCUUUGGAAGGAUUUGAAACCAAAGAGGUUGAAAUUCCUGAAGAAGAAGACUCACUUAAUAUUCUUAUGGAUAGACUAAAUAAUUGGAACUAUGGAAUGUAAACAUUCCUGGAAACAUAGGUCAGGUAGUGACAACAUUUGUUGUCAUAUCUGUAAAUGGUAUCCAGCCUUCGACAGAAGAUGGAAAUGCCAAACUUGUCUUAAACAAAUUUGUAAUAACUGUAUUACAAAAAACUUCAACAUACCUAUCCCAGAAAAUACUACACUUAAUAAUACUCAAUGGGAAAACUUAAAGAUAAGAACUUUGGAAAACCAAGUAAUUACUCUAGAAAACAAAAUGGCUAAAAUAGAAGAAAAACUUGAAAAAAUACUUGAACUCUUAGAAAAAAGAAAACAAGUCAUAACUGAAACUGAUCUCAAAAUAACUGAGAUAACCACUGAAGAACAAAACAUAAUUAAGACUCAAACUGAAAAAACUUGUAAUACCAAUAUACCUUUGGUAUGUAAUAAUACAAGAAUAACCCAAGUAAUUAUUCCAUCCAAACUUUCAAUACAUGGAAUAGAUUUACUUGUACCAAUACUUGUUGAUACUGGAGCUACUUCUUCAACGAUUGAUUCUGGAAUAUUACCAGAAACAAUUAAACAAAAAACUGUUAAAGUUACUCCUGCCAAAUCUACUCAAUUUGAUGGUACUCAAGUAUCCAUAGAUACUCAACUUAAAAAUAUACAAGCCAAAUUUCAAACCAACUGCAAUACUUGGUCAGAAUCUUUUUAUUGGCCAAAACUUUGGGUAAGAACACUUAAAAACCAUAAUGUUCCUGUAAUUAUGGGAUUAGAUUUCAUACUUUAUAAUAAUGGUCAAAUGACCAUUAACAAAGACUAUUUAACUAUUAGUAGGAAUUGUUUCCAAAUUCCUAUUAUUUCAAACUUCCCUGCUAAGAUCUUUGAAACUAAAAUAUUAGACUCUUGUAAAUGCAGUAACAAUAAAGAUUGUAACUGUAUAAAUACUGAAGAAUUACAAGAUUUUCCAGAACAUCUAGAGAAUCUUGAGGGAAUUGAAUUAAACUUACAUUUAGUAGAAACUACUAACUUCAAAAAAGAAUUAAGAGAAAAUGACUUAGAAAACUUAGUUAAAAGACUUGAAAAAAUGGAAAUUAUAGGAGAGAAUCCUGUAAAAUUCUGGGAAAAGAACAAAACUGAAUGUAAACUUGAAAUCAUUAACCCAGACAUAACUAUUAAAUCCCAAAACUUUAAAUAUGGACCUUGGGAACAAGAUGAGUUUAAAAUGCACAUCGACCAACUUUUAAAACUUGGUAUUAUAGCAAGAUCAACUUCUAGACACAGAACUCCUGCUUUUAUUGUCCAGAAAGAAGCAGAAAAGAAACGUGGUCAAUCCAGAAUGGUAUUCGACUACAGGAGACUUAAUGACAACACUUAUGAAGAUGGGUAUUGCAUCCCUGACAAAGAUACUUUGAUUAACAAAAUACAAAAUAGAAACUGGUUUUCAAAAUUCGACUUGAAAUCUGGAUUUUGGCAAGUUAAAAUGCAUCCAGAGAGUAUAGAAUGGACAGCCUUUUCAUGUCCAUUAGGACUUUUUGAAUGGAAAGUAAUGCCAUUUGGACUUAAAAACGCUCCUCAAAAAUUUCAAAGAAUGAUGGAUGAAUUUUUUAAGGAUUGCUAUGACUUUACUUGCAUCUAUAUAGACGAUAUACUUGUUUUUUCAAAAACUAAAGAAGAGCAUAGAGCUCAUCUUUACACUAUCUUUACUAUUUUUGAAAAAUAUGGACUUAUUGUUUCGAAAAAGAAAAUGGAACUUUGCAAAAACCAUAUUUCUUUUUUAGGAGCUGAGAUAGGAGAAGGCACUAUUAAACUACAACCACAUAUUUCUAGGAAAAUACUUGAAUUCCCAGAUAAACUUGAAAACUUAAAACAAUUACAAUCCUUUCUAGGAUUAGUAAAUUACACUAGACCUUAUUUUAAAGAUCUUGCAAAACUCACUACACCACUUUACAAUAAAUCACAAACCAAA